AUGUCGUCUUCAUCGGCAGCCAUGUCGUCCUCAUCGGAAUCGUCCAUCAAAGAGGCCAACCUACAGUUUGUCAAGAUCAUCAGCAACAGUCAAAGAGCCAUUAUCCGUCAACUCCGCGACCGCUGCACUGGCGAAUUCCACGCCGUCAAGGAAUUCGUUGAUCGCCCCAUUUCAGCAAUCGGCCGUCUCCAAAUCUACCGCGAGAACGAGUACCUCCGCGAUUCUAAAAGCCCCUUCAUCGUCAAGCACCGUGGUAAUUUUGGAGAGGGGGACGAAUUCAAAAUCGUCCUCGAAUACGUGGACGGCAGCAACAUUGGCUCCCGCAGUCCCAUCCCUGAGCCAACACUCUCCAGGUACGCCCACCAGAUCCUUCUCGGGCUAAAAUACCUUCACAGCAAAAGGAUCAUCCACGGCGACGUCAACCCUGAGAAUAUCCUCAUCGAUAGUGAGGGUCAGGUGAAGAUUUGUGGCCUUGGGAAUAGCGAGAAGCUGCAUGGGGAGACGUUUACCUUUAAGAGAUGGGAAGGGACGUCGUAUGGAUACAGGUGCGCAGACAAGCUCCGCGAAUACCCUUGUAAUGGAUAUGCCAGUGACAUAUGGGGCUUCGGAAUGACUAUUCUGCAUGGCCAUAUUGGGAGCCAUCCGAUCAUGGGCCCAUAUACCAACCAAAAUCCCAAGUUUAUGUACAAACUGUAUGCGUGGGCAGAAAAAAAGAAGCCGCUGACGCCAGAACACUCAUCAGAGGAUUUCAAGAAAUUCAUUUCGCGUUGCUUGGAUAAAAAACCGUCUGAUCGGUCGCAAGCAAUGAAACUGCUGGAGGAUCUGCUGAAGGAUCCAUUCAUUGUUAAUCACCAGGACGGUCGCAGUGCCCAGCAUUUGAGUGAUCAGAAUCCACAUGAAGAAUCUUCUUCUUCUAACAGUACAGUUUAG